UUAGGUAAAUUACUGGUUUGCCCCUUUUGAUACAUAUAUUGACUAACUGUUUGAAAUUCAUCCAGAUUGAGAAGAAUAGAGGUGAGAAGGGAGGAUUUAUGUCUCUGCAGUCAAUGAGUUCAAGAAUCGAGAGUGGCUUUGGCAGUGAGAACAGCAUAUCUAGUACUGGAGGUGGUUUUGGAGGUGGUUCUGGCUUUGGAGUGAAUACUGAAGUGGAAUCUUUCUCUUCUAAGCCCAAAGGUCGUGCACCAGCAUCUGCUUCAGCUCCAUCAAAGGGUCUUGGUAUGCAGCUAGGUAAAACACAAAGGGCCAACCAAUUUUUGGAGUCUCUCAAAGCUGAAGGUGAAGUAAUUGCCGAAGAUGUGAGACCAACUAGUAUCGGUCAAACAAAAGCAGCUGCACCACUGCCAAUCGAUCCCGUCAUAUUAAGGCUCUGAUUGGUUCAUGGAUUUCAAAAUAAAGAAAGUGAAAAUGCAAAGGAAAAGGAAAUCAAGGACUAUUGAAAUCUCAAUUGUGUUUGGUUCCUAGGAAAAAUGGUGAUGAAAAU